AAUUUCUCCUUCUGCAACUUUCACCUUCUAUAUUCCAAUUCUCCUACAUCAGCAACAACACGAAUGAAGAACCACUGCAAUUUGUUUGUUUCCACAAACAUUGCCCCACUUAAUUUCCCCAAAUACCUUGCCUUUUAAGCUCGCUCUCUCUCUCUCUCUCCAUUUCCUCUGCGUAUAUAUGUGCGUGUCUGCGCGCGCACAAAUUCAUCUCUAUCGCGAAGGAGCAUGCUUGAAUGUCCAGAGACAGGGAGAGAUUUGAUGAGAUAGGUACGAAGAUCAAGAAGAGAGAAGCCGAUGCAGCGGAUCGAAUAGGAAAAAGACACAUGUUGGGCCCUCCUCCUGGGACCUUAAACACUAUUACACCUUGUGCCGCCUGUAAACUCUUGAGGCGAAGGUGCGCACAAGAAUGCCCUUUCUCUCCUUAUUUCUCUCCUCAUGAGCCCCAGAAGUUCGCUUCUGUUCACAAAGUUUUUGGUGCAAGCAACGUCUCCAAGAUGCUAAUGGAGGUGCCGGAGAGCCAACGUGUAGAUGCAGUAAAUAGUCUGGUUUACGAGGCGAAUGUGAGGCUAAGAGAUCCAGUAUAUGGGUGCAUGGGUGCGAUAUCCGCCUUGCAACAACAAGUUCAAUCCUUACAGACUGAGCUUAAUGCAGUAAGGGCUGAGAUACUCAAGUACAAGUAUAGAGAAACUAGUGCUAGUAUCAUUCCUUCGUCUCAUGCUGCUUUCUUUUCUUCCGGAGCCGUGUCUCUUACUGCACCACCACCAGUCCACUCGUCGUCGCCGCCUCCGUUUCCUCCUCCACCUCCGCCAUCGCCACUUCAUCCUCUUCCUGUCUCGUCUUCUUCUUCAUCCGUGUACACUACCCAAUCGAGCAACACCGAUUAUAGCUCUAUUACCAAUGAAAAUGUCUCAUAUUUUGGCUAAAACCAGAUAAGUUUGGUUGCCUGCUGUUUCAUUUACAUCGGCUGUUUCCUACUUUUUCUUUUUUUAUUGUGGAUGAAUCACAUGGAAUAAAAGAGCAAAAAAAUAUUGAUUGUUUUAGGGGGUCUUUAGCUGUUUGUUACUAUACUUCAAUUCUAUUUCAUGAUAAGAAAUCCAUACAUCUCUAUGAACAUUGUUA